GAACGACAGACGGGAGUACCUGCGCGGGGGAAGAAACUGCUUAGCUUCUCACCUGUGUGAUGGAGUCUUCCCACUUAGGUGUACCGCCUGCAGGAGGAGAGAAAUCGCAUGCAUGUGAUACGUGUGGACACAGAUUCGCACUAGAGAAGCAUCUGCAGACCCACAUGCUCAUUCACACAGGAGAGAAACCCUAUGCAUGCGACACAUGUGACUACAGGUGCACUCAACUAUCCAGUCUUAAGUCACACAAGCGCACUCACACAGGAGAGAAACCCUACGUGUGUGACAUUUGUUUAUAUUCAUGUUCUCACUUGCGUAGUCUGAAGGAGCACUUUCGAACACACUCAGGAGAAAAGCCCUAUGCAUGUGACAAAUGCGAGUACAAAGGUAGAUCUUCCGAUACUCUCAAGCAACACAAGCGAGCUCACACAGAAGAGAAACCCUACAAGUGUGACACAUGUGACUUGAGGUGCAAUCGACUAUCCACUCUUACGGCACACAAGCGAACUCACACAGGAGAGAAACCAUACGUGUGUGAUAUUUGUUCAUAUUCAUGUUCUCACUUGAGUAGUCUGAAGGUGCACUUUCGAACACACUCAGGAGAAAAGCCCUAUGCAUGUGACAAAUGCGAGUACAAAGGUAGAUCCUCCAAUAAUCUCAAGCAACACAAGCGAGCUCACACAGGAGAGAAACCCUACAAAUGUGACACAUGUGACUACAGGUGCACUCAACUAUCCAUUCUUAAGACACACAAGCGAACUCACACGGGAGAGAAAUCCUAUGCGUGUGAUAUGUGUGAUUAUAGAUGCUCUAGUAUGACUCAACUCAAGACACACAAGCGCAUUCACACAGGUGAAAAGCCUUAUGCAUGUGACACAUGUGACUACAGGUGCUCUCACCUAUCCAGUUUUAAUAUACAUAUGCGCUCUCACACGGGAGAGAAACCCUAUACAUGUGACAAAUGCGAGUAUAAAUGUACGACAUCCUAUGCUCUCCAGGCACACAAGCGAACUCACACAGGAGAGAAACCCUUCAAGUGUGAGACAUGUGACUACAGGUCCACUCAUCUAUCCAAUCUUAAGAAACACAAGAAAACUCACACAGGAGAGAAACCCUAUGCUUGUGAUACGUGUGAUUAUAGAUGCUCUGUUAUGACUCACCUCAAGAGACACAAGCGCAUUCACACAGGCGAAAAGUGCACUUUCGAACUCACUCAAGUGAAAAGCCCUAUGCAUGUGACAAAGGCGAGUACAAAUCUUCCCACCUGUGUGAUGGAGUCUUUCCACUUAGAUGUACUGCCUGCAGAAGGAGAGAAAUCGCACUCGUGUGAUACGUGUGGACACAGAUUCGCACUAGAGAAGCAUCUGCAGACCCACAUGCUCAUUCACACAGGAGAGAAACCCUUUGCGUGUGAUGUUUGCCCACAUGUCAGCACUACCUCUGCUAAUCUCACGACUCACAUGCGCACACAUGGAAAGAAACCUCAUGUGUGUGAUAUUUGUUUAUAUUCAUGUUCUGACUUGAGUCGUCUGAAGGUGCACUUUCGAACUCACCCGGGCGAAAAGCCCUAUGCAUGUGACACAUGUGAGUACAAAUGUUCAUUGUCCUCUACUCUCCAGAAACACAAACGCAUUCAUACAGGAGAGAAACCCUACGUGUGUAACAUUUGUCUCAUAAUUUAUGUUCUACAGUACGUUGCUUGGAAGAGCCACUUUCGGAACUCACCAGGAAGAGAAAACUUAUGCAGUUGCGACACAUGUGGCGACUCACGAGUGCACGUCAUAACUAUCCAGUCUUGA